AUGGCCGUUGCCGCGGCAAUUUUGCCGGGCAGCGACUUUGAUUUGGACCAGCUGAUUCACAAGCUGAAGCGCGAUGGCGACAUCGUGCCAGAAAUUUUGCCGGAACGAGUGCUGAAGCUUGCUUGUCAGCAGUUGAAGAACAUCCUCAUCGAGGAAAGCAAUGUGCAACCCGUGCAGCUGCCUGUCGUGAUAUGUGGAGACAUUCAUGGUCAAUAUUUCGACUUGUUGGAGCUCUUCAACAUCGGUGGGCAAAUUCCGGAGAAGAACUACAUCUUUAUGGGUGAUUUCGUUGACCGAGGUUACAACAGCGUUGAGACCUUUGAGUUGCUAAUGUUGUUAAAGCUGCGAUAUCCUGCCAGCAUCACAUUGCUUCGUGGUAACCACGAAUCCCGCCAGAUCACGCAGGUUUACGGAUUUUACGAUGAAUGUCUGCGAAAAUACGGAAAUGCAAACCCGUGGAAGUACUGUACGGAGGUAUUUGACUAUCUCACCUUGUCUGCAAUUGUGGAAAAUUCCAUUUUCUGUGUCCAUGGAGGACUCUCGCCCGACGUCAAGAUCCUUGAUCAGAUCCGCACGAUCAAUCGGGUGCAGGAGAUACCGCACGAAGGUGCCUUUGGCGAUCUUGUGUGGUCAGAUCCUGAAGAUAUUGAGGCAUGGGCAGUCAGCCCGAGAGGUGCUGGUUGGCUUUUUGGGGAACGGCCAACUCAACACUUUAAUCGUCUCAACGGCUUGGACCUCAUUGCCAGGGCACACCAGCUUGUCCAGGAAGGGUACAAGUACAUGUUCAGCGACUCGCAGCAGGAAAGCAAGACGGGACUGUUGGUAACAGUCUGGACAGACAAGUCUGUUCAGCUCAGGUCGCCUCCAUCCUUGACAUCGACGAAAGGAACCAGCGUGAGUUCCGAAUAUUUCAGGAAGUUCCAGCUUCAGCUUCGGCUGCCUGGCUCGGAGUUUCUGGCAUCAAUGGCUUUCUUGCUCGCAUUUGUCACACAGGAUAUGGAGGGAGACUCGCAGGAAGCGUUGGGCUCCCAGCGAGUCGCCAGCGAGCUUCGUCCUUUUAUCGAGGCUGAAAGGGAGUUUGUGCAGCGGCAGUCUGCUGGCGAUCACGAUGGCGCCGUCCAGUGUCUGGAAGCGGUGCUGCGGGCAGAGCAGGCAACAGUGCAGCAGAUGCCUGACACCAUGUUAUCGACGCUUUUCGAGCGGCUGGCUAUAGGCUACAACACCCUGGGAAUGAAGCAUUUGAAGGACAACAACACAGAGGUUUCCUGCAAGUUUUUCGAGAAAGCAGAAGCGCUUACAGACCCAGCCAAUCUGCAUAUGAAUGCUGAGUCUCGCCUCGUCUUGAGAGCAGUGACCUACAACAACAUGGGCUGCUUCUACAAGAGCUUUGGAAAGCUCCAUACGGCUCUGCAGUACCUGAAGAAAGCUCAGAGAAUCGAGGAGCAGUCACGGGGCAGAUGCCAAAAUCCAGCAGGUACACACUUGAAUCUGUGUGCGCUGUUGUCGCAGAUGGGCAAGCAUCAAGAGGCACUGCAGCAUGCAGACAAAGCUCUCAAAAAGCUGGAGGCAGCUCAGAAGCAGUCUCAGCCACCGGAGGGCGGGAGUCUUCCACCUGUCGCCGGGAGCACCAACAGCGAAAGCUUGAUUUGCGUUGCAUAUUUCAACAUGGGGGCAGAGUACGAGCAUUUAAAGAAGCCUGCAGAAGCUCUGUGGCACUACCAAAGAGCUCACGACAGUUGUUUGCAAGAGCUUGGUGAAGAGCAUCCCUUGAGUCAGCAAAUCUCCGCGUGUGUGGAGCAGUUGAAAGAAAGGUCAACGACCUGA